GCCGGUACUGAGAGCGCCCGUGCCUUUUUCAAACCUCCAUUGACCUCGAGAUAUAAGGCUUACUUGGUGGCUAACCUUCCUAUCUAUGGUGUACAGCUGGUCCGGCGGGUAACGUUGGCAGUGACUACGAGGCUUCACGGCAGACUUCCGUCACGGAGCUUUCGACAGCCUGGGAUAGCACCCUCCUUGGCUUCCCGGACUUCGAAGUUCCCGUCGCCAGCUCCGCCCCCAGCGUUACCGAGCCUGUGUGGCACAGUCUGAUCUCACCGGCCAGCCGUGCGGAAUACGGCUCAAAAACUGCAUCUGGCACCCCAGCGGUUUCCUUGCAACAGACUCGCUUCACCCCGACCGGGGCGACCGGUGACGUGCCUCCAGCGACGACGCCAGACGAUGCCUUGCAGUUGCGUGGCCCUGUCUCGGAUGCGCCGGGAAUCGUGUCGGACGGCAUGUCUGGCGCCACGGACGGGCCAACGGGACCUGACCAGCCCGAGGAUGACCAGGCCAGCGGCACUGACACGGCCAGCCGCGCAGUCCGGCAGCUGUCAGAUCUCGUCGUUGAACUCUAUGAUUUCUCCCGGUCGAUCCCCCCGGUCACGGCCUGGAAGCAGCCGGGCACCAAGAUCCGUUCCGUCGACGGGAAGGAGCUCGAACUGGACCGCAUUCUCAAGCUGUCGCAUCUGUUCCUCGGGACGCUGAGCGAGCUUCUCCAUCCAUUGCUUGCUCCCCGCAUUAACGGCAACGAGAGCGACGGCAGCGACGGCGAUGCGGCGCCAACACUGGACCAACCGUCCGAGCUGCUUGUCUUGUCAGGCUACUUACGCAUCAUUGAGAUCUACCAUUCCAUCCUGGAACACAUCGUAGCCUGCGCAGAGCACCGCAAGCGCCAGGCGUCUAGGCCGGGCUGGCACACCGCCAUCCCCUUGUCGCUGCCGAGCCUCACGGUCGGGAAGUACACGAUGCAGUCCACCAGUGCCACGCAGGUCCUCGUCCUGGUUCACCUCGUCGAAAGCACAUUGACGCAGUCGCACCACAUGAUUGAGGCCAUGGUGCGUGCGAGGCACGGAGAUUGCGACGGCUCCGCCGUCAACAGUCCUCUUGACCCUGGUGCUGCUGCUCCUCUUCCGCCCGCCGCCGAAGUGUACCACAGGCCAUUGUCGGUUGCAGAGGUGACGCUAAAGGGGUUGAGGCCGAAGGAGGAAGCGGCGCUGCAGUUGGCUCGUACGGUGAGGAAGAUUGUGGCCGGCUUUGGUUAUGAAUGACAGGAGCAGGGACUGGAGCCGAGAGCAAUGCGUAUUACGAGACAUCCUAGCUGACACCUGGUAUAUGGGGGGAAACACCCCCGCUAUAUUCCCUGUGUGCUGUUUCCCACCUCUUUCUUUGCUCGGGCGGCAGCGAGGACGUUUGGAAGACGGGUGCCUCUACUCGCACCCCAAUAUCGCGCAGCGACCUCCUCAAGCUCAAGGCGUGAUCACAGAGGAACCGCACACAUGGUAUCCCAGCCGGGGAAGUCCCGCUCGCUAUCCACUAUGGGUUCACCACCUGUCUGUCCACUACGCA